GAUAAAUAAAAUUUAUAUGUAUACAGUUUAAUAUAAAAAUACGAUAAGAUUUAAACAUUUAAAUUAUUUAAAUAUUUAUCAAUAUGAUGAGUAUCACAAGAAUUAUUAAAAAAUAUCCUGCAGUAAAAAAACUUCAUAGUGAUUCUUUAAGAUUGUUGGCAUCUAAAAAUGAUGGUGAUAAAAAAAAUUCACGACUAGAAGAGUUCAGAAAAAAAUUAUGUGAAACGACACCAAUAGAUAAAUUGGAAGAGUUUGAAGAAGGAAAACAUCCUUAUCAAGAAAAAGAACCUUUAAAACCACAUCCUAAUAAUACUAACCCAGAAACUGGAGAAAUUGGUGGUCCUCGAGGUCCAGAACCGACUCGUUAUGGUGAUUGGGAACGUAAAGGCCGAGUUUCUGAUUUUUAAAAAUACUAUAAAGUUAAUUUUUAUUUUUCUUUCUUAUCAAUUACUACAAUUGUAUUAGACUGUAAUGAUACCAACAUAAUCUGUAAUUAAUUAUAAAAAAAAAUGAGUAAUUAGUAAUUUCUUGCUUGU